AUGUCUGGAUAUCCUUCACUACCCGUACCAUCUCGGAACUGCGUAUGGUCGCGUCAAGUCUUGACAUCGCAUCAUCGCAUCGCAGACAGCUGCAGCUUUCUACUGAACGUCUUAUCUCAAGACGAUACAGAUGUGCUCCGGUUCAAAGUGUUCAAGGAUAACUUUGAAGCGCAAACACUCACUUUACACUAUGCGCUCUGUGGGGAAAUGGACGGGGCCAACAAUGUUCACGUCCAAUGGGUGGAAGUAGCAUCGAAGCGCCUGGCACGCAUCCAGCGCAAACUUGCGAUAUCUAUACAGGCUAGGGAGAAUCCAAGUGGAGAGCAGGCACGUUCAUUGUACCAUCUGGAUCCAGUCACAGUGGUACACAGCGGGAAGCGUGGACGCCCUCGCAAGGUCAUCAAUGAGCAGUGGUUGCGCGCCGCCUUUGCUUCACACCGGAAGAUCACCGUAUCCCAGGUGGCCAAGACUCUCAAGGUCGACCGUCACCUUGUCAUGAGAGCUAUGGAGGCAUAUGGCAUUGAGCGCAAGUUCACCGCCCUACUUGAUGAGGAGAUCGAUCUCCUUGUUCGCUGCUAUAAGGUGGAGCGACCCGGCGAUGGAUUGCGUUACAUCAGAGCUUACUUUCGGUACAAUGGCCUUCGGAUCCAGAAAGAACGCAUACGACAGGCUGUUCGGCGCGUUGAUGGUCUGGGGAUGGCGGAGCGCAAGGCACCGGAAGUACGUCGGGAGAAGUACGAGGUGCCGCGUGCAAAUCACCUAUGGCACUUGGAUGGCCACCAUAAGCUCAUUCCUUGGGGAUUUGUCCUGCAUGGUUGUGUAGAUGGAUUUGAUGACUACAUUACCAUGCUCACGGUCAACACAAACAACCGCGCAGGAACAGUGCUUCGAGACUUUGAACGCGCUGUACAAGAACAUGGUUGCCCUUUGAGAGUUCGGGGAGAUCGGGGUGGUGAGAACGUGCUUGUUUCGGCCUACAUGAUUGUUCGCCGUGGUGAGAACAGAGCAUCAUUUAUGUGGGGAUCAUCUACUCAUAACCAGCGUAUCGAACGGUUGUGGAGAGAAAUCGGUGCAACGUUUGCAAGGGCAUGGCGGGCGUUCUUUCAUCAGCUUGAGAGGUUCCAUUACCUCGAGCGAUCCAAUCCUCACCAUCUCUGGCUUCUGCGGAUACUAUUCCAGGAGGAGCUUCAGAAGGAUUGUGACGACUUUGUCAAGUACUGGCAUGUACAUGAGAUGCGGGGCUCGCGCCGGAAUGACCGUACACCUGACGACAUACGCUUUCUCUCCAUGGUUGAUGAAGGCGCAUACGAAGACCCAUACGUGGAUGUCGAUGCCGAUGUUCUGGAAACAUAUUAUGGUGUUGCCGGGAAGCCGCGUAAGUGGAGAGCGAGGCAAACAGGAGCCGGUCAAGAUGCGGAAGAAGAUGACGAAGCUAGUGAUCAUCUUAGUGAAGAGGAUGAGGAUAUGGAUGGCAAUGAGAGUGGUAGUGAGGAGGAAGCGCGCGCUGCUCUAAAUGCGCAGGAAGCAUGGUCAUUUGAAGAGGAAGAGGACAAGAGCGAAAGCGAAGAUGAUGGGGAUUUGAUAUCCCGCGCAGCUGCCACUCAGCAACCAAAUAUUCGUCACGCCGCUAUAAAGGUGCGAAUCACUGUGGGUCAAGUUCAGUACAAUGCUCAGUCCGUUCAGGUUCCGCGUGUAGCCAAUGCUUUUGUGAAUGCGGAGCGUCUCUCCGACUUUUUGCAAGUUCUACAGCAACUUGACGCAGCCGGAACCUUACCAAGGCAUCUCUGCGCUCGUCCACGGGAUUGGGAGCGUCAAUGGCCAGGGAGUGGUUAUCCUACCUGGGGUCCUUUAGUCAUUGGUCAAGCGCGUAGACAAGUGGCCAUUGACCUACCCCACGAGAUAUGGAUACCGCGCAUGCAACAUUGGUGUAGGGCGCUUGAUGCUCUUGUACAGUUCCAGGUAGAUGGCAGAGGAAUGGCCUGA